GUGUGCAAUAAGGUUUUUAGGACAGCUUGUCUAUGAGGAAACGUUCCUUUUGAUGUCUUUACAAUGUUUGUCCAGUUGCUUGGCGCAUGGUGCCCCAUCAUAAUAGCUUUCAGUCUCUCCACACAGAGGCAGAGGGGGUGGUCGAGGGGUCUACCUUUUCACUAGACACUUGGACUUUGUCUCUGUUGUUUCACAGGGACAUUUGCCGUCAUUUGUUUAGAUCAUCAAUUCAUUUUUUGACUGUUUGUCUUUGACGGGUCAACUGCCAUUGGAUGCUUGUCUAUUGGAUCAAUAUUCUUCCGUAUAAUUUUGUUAACAAUUUUUGCGGGUGUUACUUUUUAUGUUUAACAGCAUGCACAGUGGACUUUCACUGAGGAGCAACAUUUGGAGUUAUGGAAAUAACCGGUGAUUGGUCACAGCAACUUUUCAAAUAUACUUUGGCCGUUUAUUUUUAUAUAAACAGUUAUGCGCGUUGCGCAAAACGGAGAGGAAGAGGAUCGUGUAUUUUCACACUUUCUCUUUGUCUCCUUUUUCUUCUCGACACGUUUCCUCAGGAUUCCCAGUGUGCAAGACUCCCUGCAGCCAAGUCCGAACACUCAGGUGUUUGUCCCAACAAGUUGAAUGCCAACCUAUGGGUUGAUGCACAAAGCACCUGCGAACGCGAAUGUGAAGUCGACCAGGACUGCGCAGACUUUGAGAAGUGCUGCACCAAUGUGUGCGGUCUAUACAGCUGCGUUGCUGCCCGUUUCGCCGACGACUUCCCAGCCCAGCCAGACGGACGGGCAGGGGAGACGGCGAAGAGUGGGGAAGGCUCUGAUGCCACCUGCCAAGGGUUUAUCUGCAGCCAACAGGGAUCCACCUGUGCCAUCUGGGAAGGCCAGCCCAUAUGCAAGUGCCAGGACCGCUGCGAGAAGGAGCCCAGUUUCACCUGCGCGUCCGACGGGCUGACCUACUUCAACCUCUGCUUCAUGGACGCCGAGGCCUGCGUCCGCGGAGCCACCCUCACUGUGGUGACCUGCCGCUACCACCUGGCAGGUCCGCAGCCUAGCCCGUUGCCCCAAGACACGACGGCGUUCCCGACCCCGACGGCUUACCUGGAGGAUCCCCUUCCGCCGACGCUCUACAGCAACCCCAGCCACCAGUCCGUGUAUGUCGGCGGCACCGUCAGCUUCCACUGCGACGUCCUCGGCAAGCCCAGACCUGACAUCACCUGGGAGAAGCAGUCCGAGCGCAGGGAGAGGAUCCUCAUGAGGCCCGACCAGAUGUACGGCAACGUGGUGAUCACCAACAUCGGCCAGCUGGUGGUUUACAACGCCCAGGUGUGGGACACAGGCAUCUACACCUGCGUAGCCCGGAACGCGGUCGGGAUCUUGCGCGCCGACUACCCGCUGUCGGUCGUCCGGCGAUCCGAAGACGACUUCCUGGACGACCCCGAGCUGAACAUGGCCAUGGGAAACCCUUUCUCCCCGGCGGACUGCCUGGCAGAGGUGGACCGGCGGGAAUGCGGCGAGCGCAACGUGGACUGGUACUACGACACCAAGCAGGGGUCGUGCCUGGCGUUUACCCACGGGGGCUGCGAGGGUAGCCGCAACCGAUUCGAGACUUACGAGGAGUGUCGCGCGUCGUGCCAGCACGAGGGUACGGGCAUCUGCCUGCUGCCCGCCGUCCAAGGUCCCUGCAAGUCCUGGGAAGCUCGGUGGGCAUACAACUCCGCGAUGAAGCAGUGCCAGGCGUUUGCCUACGGAGGUUGCCAGGGCAAUGCCAACAGCUUUCGGAACAAGGCAGAAUGUGACGCCAACUGCCCCCAGUUAAAGAGCCGACCGUGUAAGACGUGCCGGGUCAAGAGCAAGAUGGUGCCGAGUUUGUGCCGCAGCGAUUUCGCCAUCGUGGGGAAACUGACGGAGUUGAUAGAGGACUUGGACUCGGGAAUAGCCCGUUUCAGCCUGGAGGAAGUGCUUCGGGAUGACAAGAUGGGGCUGGCUUUCUUCAACACCCGACACCUGGAGGUGACGCUGGCCAAAAUGGACUGGUCGUGCCCUUGCCCAAACAUCACCAUGAGUGACGGAGCUCUUCUGGUCAUUGGUGAGGUUCAGGACGGCAUGGCUGUGAUCAAGCCCGACAGCUACGUGCGGCCCGUCUCUGAGAGGCGAUUAAAAAAGAUCCACGAGGUGCUAGAGAAGAAGACUUGUGAAAUGCUUCGACGAUUCCAAGAUUAGGAUUUGGUCUGUACAUUAAGACAGACAUUCAUUUGGCAGAUAUUUGAUGAAGAUACAAAAAAACUGCUUAUGUAAGCCUCAACCUAACUGACAAACUCUCAGUGCAGUCAUAUGCACAGAAUUAUAUAAUACUAUAUUAUUUCAUUUCACUUCAAUCCAGUGGAUGAAGACGAGGCAUCUUAAAGGCCCAACAACACAAAUGAAUGCAUUCCAAAGAGAACAAACUCAGUGUUGCCUACGUUAGCCUGUAUAUUGCUGCUUGAUUUAACAUCGCUACAGCUAGUUACAGCUAGACUACCCAACACAGAAGGACUGGGUUAAUUUUUCAUUGUCAGUGAGUCAGG